AUGCUGGAUUUCAUGGAACAUGUGCAGAAUGCCUUCUACGAAGCCUCACAUUGGAACGUCGACAACUCGUAUGGAGCCUUGAACGCGACUGCCCGCGCUUUGCUCGACUUCCAGACGCCCAGGGGCCUACGACUGCAGAUAUCGAGUCUCGCGGCGCCCAAUUUCGCUACGUCGUAUACCAUAGGGAGCGUGGGGGUGGUUGAUGGCUUCGUGUCCUACCUCUACUCGUCGUUACCUCUGACGCGCUCAUUCAAGAGCUCGAAUCUGGAUCUACAUAAUGUCAUACGGGGGUACAGACACCUGCAAGAGCUGAGACGGCCGGAUGAACCCUGGUGGUGGGAGAUAUGGCACGGUGGCAGACGGAUAGACAGCAGAAACACCCUCCUGUAUGGGCGCAUAUUCCUGCCGCAGUCCACACUGGAAGCACUAUACCUACGACGCCUCUCUCCCACUCGACAACUCAAGAUCUCCGCUGUGAGCGACUCAACCCUCAACAACGGGGGCACGCUGCUCGCCGUGCUGCAGAGCGACUAUGGCAAAUAUAGCACAGAAUACAUGUACAGCACAGACUCUGCCCUCAUGGGCGUCCGAGGACUGUACAACUUCGGGCCCGACCCCAGAGCAGAGCCACCAACGGCGCAGGACGUCGCCGAACGGGCGCACGGCCGCUUCAGCGCAGGCGCAGAGCUCUACUACGGGAUAUUGAACAAGAGCGGUGGCAUCAGUACGGGCUUGCGGUUCACGACGUUACCCAACCACGCGGGCUUCCCGUAUACCAUGACACUCACGUUGAACCCACUGAUGGGCAACCUUUCGUCGACAUAUUCGGUCAAGGCUGGGCCCAACUUGGCGCUGUGCUCGCGAUUCGAUUUCAACUUCUACUCGUACGAGAGCGAGUUGCAGCUGGGUUGCGAGCUGUGGCGACGCCGGCGCAACACCGACGUGGAAUGGGCCGUAAAGAAGCUGCGACCCGGCUGGGAGCGGCCAACGACGACGCGCGACGAGGACGUGUCGGGUAUCCUCAAGGCACGCGUAGGCCAGAAUUGGCGAAUUGGAGUGCUCUGGGAGGGCAGAAUCAAGGAGCUGUUGUUCACCCUUGGCGCCAGCCUCGACCUGAAGAAGCGCGAGCAGAUAUUCCGGGCGGUUGGUAUCGAGCUGCAGUAUUCAUCUUGA